GGCCUGGGGGCAGAGCGCGGGCCAGGGCCUGGUGGCCGGGUCCCUGGCGCCCGGGCAGUGUGGAGCUUUUCGGGGUGUGGGCCGAGUCACGCCCGAGUGAGGCUGUUCGUAUUCUUACAGUUGCAUAUGUUUUUGCGUAGCGCAACUAUCAGGUUUUGUAAGGUUCCUUCAUACUCCCAGACUUCUUUAAGAGGACCUCAUUUUCUGGAGAAGUGGUUGUUUGCGUAGAAGCUGCCCUGAUCUUUGUUUUGCUCCGUGUGUGUGUUUUUGCCUGUGAGAAAAUGACCAUUUUUUUCCCCCUCGUUACAAGUUCCUUUGGGCAGAGCAAUGAAUGAUGAUGGGAAAAGCUGUGUUUCUGCAGAAGCAUCCGAUACGUUGGAAUCAGUUUCUUUUCUGACACCUAUGGAGUCAACAAUAUUGCCUAAGACAGAGGAGCAGGAGAUAUAUCAACCUUUGAAAGUCUUCUUGAGAGUGAGACCAUUCUCUGUAUCAGAGCUUGAAAGCCAUGAAUCUCAGGGUUGUGUAACUGUUGAAGAUCCCCAGACAGUAAUUCUUAGUGCACCCAAAGAGUCUUCUGCAAUGAAAAACAGUGAAAGAGGGAUUGGUCACUCUGUGCACAGGUUCACCUUUUCUCAGGUCUUUGGACCAGAAACUACUCAGAGUGAAUUUUUUGAAGGCUCAAUGAAAGAGAUUGUAAGAGCAUAUCUUAAUGGAGUGAAUGGACUCGUGUUUACUUAUGGAGUUACAAAUGCAGGAAAGACAUUCACUAUCCAAGGAACUUCAAAAGAUUUUGGUAUUUUACCUCGCUCCCUUGAUGUUAUUUUUAACCACAUAAGGGGAAGACGUUACCUGAAGAUGAACUUCAAACCAUAUUUGGGCAAUGACGUUAAGAAACUAGAAGAUGGACAAGUUAAGCAAGAAGAAGCCAUAAAAACAGCUCUUCUCGCAUCACUGAAAGAGGAGACAGAAAGCGUCUCGGAUACUAUACCAGAAAUAUGUGAUGUGGAGGUGGAGUCUUCCAACUGUACUUCAAAAAAUCUUCCUUCUCACUCACUAGACUUUGUUCCACUUGACAUAUAUAGGACUAAUAUACACCAAAGAACACAAUCAUCUGUGUGGAUCUCCUUUUGUGAAAUUUAUAAUGAAUAUGUGUAUGACCUCUUAAGUUUGGUAUCUACAUCAAAAACUCAGAAGCGCAGAGUCCUCAGAAUUUGUGAGGAUCAAGGAGGAAAUUCUUACAUUAAAGAUUUAAAGUGGAUUAACAUUCAGAGCACUGAAGAAGCCUGCAAAAUACUGAAAAUAGGCAACAAGAACCGGAGCUUUGCUUGUACUAGAAUGAAUGAGCAAUCAAGUAGGAGUCACAGUAUAUUUUCAAUCAGGCUGCUGAAGCUAACUGACGAGCAUGAGCCACGUGUUCUUGGAGUUUCAGAGUUGUCUUUCUGUGACUUGGCUGGAUCAGAGAGGUGUAAUAAAACACAAGCCUUUGGAGACAGACUAAAAGAAGCAGGAAAUAUUAAUAAUUCUCUUCAUAUCCUUGGAAAAUGCAUUGCAGCAUUGAAGCAAAAUCAAAAUCCGAGGAUGAAGCCAAGCUAUAUUCCAUUCAGAGAGAGCAAACUGACUCGUCUGUUUCAGCCAUUCUUUUGUGGAAAAGGCAAAGUCUGUAUGAUUGUAAACAUCAAUCAACAUGCUUCCACGUAUGAUGAAACACUACAUGUAAUGAAAUUUUCAGCUAUAGCCAAACAGGUAAUCCACACAAUCCUACCCAGAAGCUUUGGUUAUUUUCCACCCAAGCUAGUUGGAGGUGAUGGCAAACCUGUUAUGCACUUUGAUGCCAACACAUCUGUAGAUGACUUUCCUGACAGUACUGAAACUUCUGUGGAAGAGGAAGUGGACAUCACCAUUCUGAGUCAUGAGGAUCUAUUGAAAACUACAGAGAACUUAAAGGAGAAGCUGGUUGCAGAAAGGCAAAGUAAACUCCUUCUGGAGGUGAAGAUACGUAGAGAGAUGGCAGAAGCAAUGUUCCGACAGCUGUUGGAAACAGAGGAAGCCUGGAGCAACCGCUUGGAAGAUAUGAAAGACAGUUAUGAAGAAAAACUGGAGAGCAAAUUUGAAAUGUAUAAAGAGGCCAUCAAGAAACAUGCAUAUGUGUGUGCAAUGGAACAAGUUGAAGACCAUUAUGUUCCCAUAGAAGAAUUUUUAGCAGAACAAGGGAAAGUUGAGGAUAGAGAUAAUAGAAUACGGCAAUUGGAAAGGCAACUUGAUGAACAGUCAGGGAGGCUGCUGGCUCUUGGAAAUCUGAAUUCAGACAUAUUGACUCAAGAAAAUAUCAUGGAACUAGAUCUUCUGAACAAGACAAUGAAGAGAGCUAAUGAAGGAUUGCAGAAAAAAUGCAAAGAGAAAGAAGAGCUUAUAAAAUCUCUGAAGUUUAAAAUACAGAAAUUGAAUGAAACCCUGCUUGAAGCUAAUGAAGGCUACAGAAAAAUGGCAGAAGAGAACAGUCAACUGAAGCAUACCCUUAUGCUCAAGGAUCAAGAAAUGAGCAGUCUACAGAACUGGGCUAAACGUGUUCUUGAGCUUGAAGAAACAGUGUCUUUCCUGCAAAAAGAACUUGAGGAGCGGAAAAAGCAUUUCUCCAUGGAGGAGCCAAAACAACAAAAACCCAGGAGAGGUUUGUUGGCUAACCUGAAAUCCCCAGUAGCAGCCACUGCUAGCACACCUCCUGGUAAAGGCUGGGGGAAGUAUGAAGAUGCUUCGUCCUCUCUGAGAAAACAAGUACUGUUGGCUCAUAAAGGAAAAGAAUAAUAACUGAUUAUUCAAAGUGUGCAAUUACUCGGCUGCUUUGUCAAUUUUAAACUGUUGGUAGCUUUUUCUCACUCUCAGAUGCCCUCUCCACUGUCAUGUUAACAGACAAAUCUUUAAUAAAACUUUUAAAAUUGAAUCAGAGUUGCAUUUAGAGCUGUGUAAGCUUAGGUCUAAACUGGUGCUUUUACUGCUGAUACAGAGAUGUAAUUUGAUAAAUAUAAGUAUAUAUUUUUAAUUCUUGAGUUACUGCUAUCAUGGUCUUUUAAUACUGAGAAAUGACUCAUGCAAAGUGGGAUGUUCCUCAUCUGCUGUCUGUGACCUUUUUAAUGUGUCUCACUUCAUUGUUGAUUCCUAGAAAUCAGGUGGCUUGUAAAAUUCACCUCGAGUAGUUAAAAUAGCUUGGUUCUUUGGUUAGUAUUGUGGCUUUGACCUGGAGACGGCCAUCUUGGGACCAAACUGAGCAAGUUGCCAACAAAAUGAGGACUUCUGUGCCUCUUUGCUAUUUUUUCAGCUAACUUGUCUUUGUAAAGGAACUUGUUUUAAUAGCACUUGAAUUUCCAC